CCUUUCUUAUCCAUCAGCAUAACUGCAUCGACCCCCAGCUGUGUCUACUAGCGCUUGCUAUAUCAGACCAGUGGCUAUAAUACACAAGCACACGCGAUAUAUCUUCACAAGACGCUGACCCUAGACAACUUCACGCACCAAGCAACUUGACAGAUAAACUAUCCAACAUCGACCAUGGCGGCAAAUGUCCCUUGGAUUCUACCUGUUCGAGUCGCUCAAGUCAUUUUUGCUAUCAUCGUUCUUGGGUUAACAGCAUACUACAUCAGUUGGUAUAGCUACAGUGACACCGUGAAUUUCAUGCUUUUCAACGGUAUAUGGACAGCUUUCGUGGCCGCACCUUACCUUGCCUUCGCACCAAUGUACUUUCCACGGGUCGCCCAUAUACUAAUCAUGGUGGCUGUCGAAGCAGUCACCAUGAUCUUCUGGUUCGCAGGGUUCAUCGCCCUGGGUGUCUACCUGCCAACAUCAGAAUUUUGUCACUGGAGUAGAUGUCGGGCACUGCAGGCUGCAACCGUGUUUGGGGCAUUUGAAUGGGCACUCUUCGUCGCCACCACUGUAGUAGCUACGCGCGAGGCAAUGCGAUCAAGAUCCAACAGUGCGAGUACGAAGCCUGGCCCGUAUGCUUCUGGCCAUGUCCAUGUGUGAACAACGAAAGCGGGGAUCCAUCAAUCCACGUCUUAGCGAGGGCCUCAUUUGUGACUCGCCAAGACUAUUGAUGCCACCCAGAUACUACGCACGGGACGAUUGAUGACGAUAUGAAU